AUUUUUUUUUGGGUAGUAAGAGAUCAAAUUUAAAAAAAAACAAAAUUUCAGCUGUUCAAUUCCUUUUUUUUGAGCUAGCAAUAAUAAACCAUGAUGAAAAGUAUUUUAAAAUAAUAAAAUAAGUGUUUCCUGACUAUCUUCUUGGUGUUGUAUAGAUGAUGAAUGAGUGUGAGUGUGAGUGGAUAAAAGUCGAACAAAUUGAUGAAUAAUCCGGAUUGCCGGGCGGAAAGAAAGAAUACUCCGCCCAUUAAUUAUAUGCCAAAUUUGGAAACUUGAAUCCAACGAUACCGAAAUAUAUUAUAUUUAUAUAUGAGUGAAUCGAGAACAAAUGCCAAUGCCAAAAACAAAACCACCAUAUGCAUUAAUUGGUGUCGUCAUUUCAAAAAAAAAGAAAAUUUUCGCAGUGUAUACAGCCACCGAAAACCAAUAUAACGAAUGUAUGCCAUCAUCCGUUAUUUCGACGCCGUUAUUUGUCUUGUUUGUAUAUUCGUGCAUGCCAAUAUAUAUGUGCAUGUUGAGUUUAUUCGGACAAAUAUUGUUGUUAUUGUCGUCGCAUCAAUACAACCAACCAGUGUGUACGAGUGUAAAAAAGAUUAGUGAAUUUUUUUCCUGAAAUUUUUUUGGGUUGAUAAGGUUUACCCAAAAACUAUAUACGCACACACACCUGUUGUUGGAUUUGUUAUAUUGAUUUUAUCUAAAAAAAAAAAUUUUUCUCCUCAAUCAAUCAGCUGAUCAAUCAUAUCAACAUCAUUAUGACAUUAGGUAAAUCUGGCUGUCUACAUCCAUGCCAUGGCAAAAAUGAUAAAAUUAUCGUCAAACGGCUUGAUGAUACACAUGAAGAAUUGCAUAUGCCCGAUAAGGGUAUUGAAUCAUUACAAAAAAUGCCUUAUGUUUUUAAUUUGGUAAAUCUUCGAUCCAUCACACUUAGUCAUAAUAAACUCAGAGUAUUAUCACCCGAAAUUGAUAAAUUAUACAAUUUGGAAAAUUUAAAUCUUUUCAAUAAUUACAUAUCUGAAUUACCGGUCACUAUUUGUAAUUUGGAUAAAUUGAAAUGUUUAAAUGUUGGUAUGAAUAAUCUUCAUACAUUACCGAAUGGAUUUGAACGUUUACAUCAGUUGGAAGUAUUGGAUUUGUCGUAUAAUUUUCUAACUGAACAUUCAUUUACGGCAGAAUUUUUCACUUUAGAAAAUCUACGAGCCCUAUAUCUAUCGGACAAUGAUAUCGAAAUAUUACCAACAGAGAUUGGAAAUUUGAAAAGUUUGCAAAUUCUUGCUAUUCGAGAUAAUCAUCUGAUAUCAUUACCGGAAGAAUUGAUUUUACUUCAACGAUUACGUGAAUUACUUAUUCAAAAUAAUCGGAUAAAAAUGCUUCCACCAGAAUUGGGUAAUAUGGAUUUUAAUUCACCACGUAGCAUAAUACGAAUGGAAGGCAAUCCAUUUGAAUCGGAUCUUAGUGAUCAAUUGAAAUUAGGUGUAUCACAUGUUUUAGAUUAUAUUCGAAGCGAUAUAUAUCGAUCCCGUUAUUCUCGAUAUACAAUGGAUCCUGGUCCACCACAACCAAAAAAUGAAGAACGAUAUCAACGUAAACUUUUACGUUUGAAAGGAAAAUGAAAUUUAAUAUGAAACCAAAAAAAAUGAAGACAAACGAGUGCCAUAAAGAAUUUCGAAUUAUUUGUUUGCAGCUUUUCUCAGCCACAUAUUCUUGCAAUUAUAGUUUAUCAACGUAUGCUUUUGCUUUUUAAAUUAAUAAUAUGGAAUGACACAUUAUUUGACAGGAAAACAAUAAAUAUGAUGUGAGAUUUUUAAUUCUCAA